AUGGUGCCCAUGCUCAAGCUCUUCAGGUUUUACGAACCGGCGGAUAGAGCCAUGCUAGGUGUGGGGAUCCUCUUCUGCAUGAUUGGCGGCGUGGCUUUUCCGUGCAUCAACAUUGCCUUCGGAGAGCUCCUGGACUCCACCGCAUCCAUGUCCAACAUUGAGGAGACGACGAAGAACGCGGUUAUGUUCAUGGUCGGAGUCGCGCUUGUGCUCGGCGUUUCCCUCGCCGCGGGCUUCGGCCUCGUCGGGUGGGCCGCAGCGCGCGGCGCGAGCAACGUGCGCAGGGCAUAUCUGAAGUCCAUGAUGGCGCAGGACGUCGCGUUCUUCGACGCGGCCAAGGCUGGUGAGCUGAGCGCGGCCACGAGCGAGAAGGUGCAGAUCCUUCAGAACGGAACCGCGAAAAAGAUGGGCGAGCUCGUGCAGUCGACGUUCACCGGCGUGGGCGGCCUCGCCGUGGGAUUCUACUUUUCCUGGGAACUCUCGCUUGUGAUCAUGGCGGGGGUGCCCAUGCUCGCGGGGGCGCUGUAUUUCCUCGUCAAGGCCACCACCAAGCUCACCGCGGCCAACCCCGAGUAUGAAAAGGCAGGCGCCAUCGCGACUGAGAGCCUCACCGCAUGCCGCGUCACCUCGGCUCUCAACGCCCAAGGCCGAGUCGCGGAGAGGUACGAGUCUCACCUCGGCGACGCGGAGCGGGUCGCGACUAAGAACCUGUGGAACAUCUCGUUCGCCAAUGGGGGUCUGUUCGGGGUCAUGUUCAUCAUGUACGCGGCGGGUCUGUGGUUCGGAGCAUACCUCAUCUCUGACUCCACGAACGGGGCCAUGAGCAACUCACCGUGCAUGACCGGCGGGACCGUGAUCAUGGUGUUCUUCGCCGUGCUCAUCGGCGGUUUCUCCUUCGGGAUGGCCGGUUCGUCCAUCGAGGCGGUCAUCAAGGCGAGGACGGCGGCGCACCAACUUUACGAGGUCAUCGACAGGAAGCCAAAGGGCGGAGACGGCGCGGAUGCACGCACACCCACCGGCCUCGCGCUCAAGACCCCAGUCAGCGGUGACAUCAUGUUCAACGCCGUCUACUUCUCCUACACCACGCGACCGGUGUUCCGCGGGAUCGACCUUCACAUCCCGGCGGGGAUGACUGUUGCGCUCGUGGGCGAGAGCGGGUGUGGUAAGUCCACCGUGACCCGGCUCCUCGAGAGGUUCUACGACCCGAGCGCGGGCACCAUCACCCUCGACGGCGUCGACAUCACCAAGCUUCGCAUCAACGAGCUUCGAUCCGCCAUCGGCGUCGUGUCGCAGGAGCCGCUUCUCUUUAACGCCAGCAUCCGCAUGAACAUCGCGGUGGGCCGCGCCGGGGUUAAACACGCGACGGACGUUCCAAUUGCCGAGAUCGAGUCCGCCGCGCGCGCAGCCUCCGCGCACGACUUCAUCGCAACGUUCCCGGACGGCUACGAUACCGUCGUCGGCGGCAAGAACAGCAAACUCUCCGGGGGUCAGAAGCAGCGCGUCGCCAUCGCGCGAGCGGCUCUGCGCAAUCCGCCCAUCCUCAUCCUGGAUGAGGCAACCUCGGCGCUCGACACCGAGAACGAGCGCCUGGUCCAGGCUGCGCUCGACGAACUCGUCGCCGGUGCCCACGGCAGAAGAACGACCAUAGUCAUCGCGCAUAGGCUCACCACCGUGAGGGGUGCCGAUAAGAUUGUCGUCCUCGGCUCGCGGGACGCCGCUGGUGGUCUCGCUGGCGGCGGCGCCGCGGAGGGUUCGGUGGUACUCGAGGAGGGGACACACGACAAGCUCAUGGAGAUACCCGGUGGCAGAUACCGUGGACUCGUCGGUAUCGGCGGCUCCAGGGGCACGCCGUCCGCCUCAUCCGUGUCGCUUGCCGGCAUGGACAGAUCGGCAUCCCAGGUUGAUCUGAAGGCGAAGGAGGAGGAGGAGGAGGAAGAGGACAAGGUGAAGGACAGCAAGGAUGCAAAGGGUGCGCAAAAAAAGGGGCCAAAGGUUAAGGCCGCUAGGAUCUGGGCCUACAGCGAGCCCGAGUACCCAGUUCUUGCCUUUGGCGGCUUCAUUGCCCUCGCAAACGGGUGUGUCUUCCCUUCCAUUGCGUUUGUCUUUGCGGAGAUGCUAGCGCUGUUCUACUCCCACGACACUGACUACAUAAUGGACACGGCCUACAUGCUUGGUGGAAUUUUCUUUGCAAUUGCGGUCAUCUCGUGGUGCCUUACAGGUAUACAGGGCGGCGUGUUCGCAGUCAUUGGCGAGAAGCUCACCACUCGGCUAAGAGUUCACCUUUUCAGAGCGAUCCUGCGUCAAGAUGUGGCAUUCUUCGACGAUCCCGAUAAUUCAGUCGGUGCGCUCACAUCCAACCUUCGCACCGACACGUCAACUGUCAGAGCUGCAACGGGUCAGGGUUUGGGCUCCGCACUCCAAACAUUCGGCUCUCUCUGCUUCGGUCUCGCGGUCGCAAUGGAGGCCAGCUGGAAAUACGGCCUCGUGCUCUUGGCCGCUGUCCCCAUCUUGAGCAUUGGCGAGAUGAUAAACAUGCAGAACAUCGCCACCGGGGAGGCAGUCGUGAGUGAGUCUUUGAGCAGAACCGCGGGACACAUCUCGGAGACUGCGACGAUGAUCAGGGAGGUCAAGGCUUUCGGUAUGGAAGGACGAAUGUAUGACAUCUAUGACUCCAUGCUAAAGGCGCCGCAUAAGGAGGAGAGGAACAAGGCUCUGACUGUGGCGCUGGCGUUUGGCCUCGCGCAGAGCCUGACGAUGCUCUUCUACGCUUUUGCCUUUUGGUGGGGUGCCGAGCUAAUUGCGAAAGGCGAGCUCGAUUUCUACGACUUUAUGAAGUCGCUGUGGGCGCUCGGUUUCUGCGCUGCAGGUGCUGGUCAGGCUGCGGCGUUUGCGGGUGACGCAACCGCGGCUGGCUCGGCCGCGGCCCGAAUCUUUUCCCUCAUUGACCGGGUGCCGCCCAUCGACACAAGGCCCGGCCAAGGCCUUAUCAUCCCCCCGGAACAAUUCAAGGGGCGCAUCGAGUUCAAGGGCGUCAAGUUUUCCUAUCCGCAGCGCGAGGCGGCGGUGCUCGGCGGCCUCGACCUCGUCGCCGCGCCCGGCGAGACAAUCGCACUCAUCGGACAGAGCGGCAGCGGCAAGUCCACCGCCGUGCAGCUCAUCGAGCGUUUCUACGACCCUUGCGCUGGCUCCAUCACCCUUGACGGCGUCGACAUCCGCGAUCUCGACCCGAUGUGGUUGCGCCAACAGAUCGGUAUCGUCGAGCAAGAACCAACGCUGUUCAGUGGUACCGUGCACGACAACAUCGCCGCGGGCAAGUGUGGCGAGCCCGCAACGAGGGACGAGGUCAUUGAGGCUGCCAAGAUAUCCAACGCGCACGAGUUUGUGAGCAAGAUGCCAAACGGGUACGAUUCCGAGGUUGGCGUCGGUGGCGGCCUGGUGAGUGGCGGGCAGAAGCAGAGGAUUGCCAUUGCCCGCGCAAUCAUAGGCAGGCCCCGCAUCCUCCUCCUCGACGAAGCCACCUCGGCGCUUGACAACGAGUCCGAGCGCCUGGUGCAGGCGAGCGUGGACAACCUUCUCAACGAGGAGAACGCCGACAAGAGAACCACCUUUGUCAUCGCACAUCGUCUCAGCACAAUCCGCAAUGCGACCCGCAUCUGCAUCCUGGAGAACGCAGAUGGCGAGGGCGCGAAGCUGGUGGAGCAGGGCACACACGACGAGCUCAUGAAAAUUGGAGGAAGGUACACCGCGCUGA